CGUCGUUCUUGACACCCGCCCAAAUUUGACCUUUUAACUUCCAUCUCCCUUCUCUGGUAAUUAGAUCUAAGUUUCAAAAGAAAAAUAACAGAAGAAUUUCAUUGUUAAUUUCUACUUUUUCAUUGCGCAUUCAAAACUUUCAAUCCCAAUGUUUUAUUGAGUUAACUCGUCGAGGAUAAUCAGCGGCUGAGUCAAAGAGGCCAUGGCAGGAACGAGCGACUCAGUUUCCAUUAAAGUUCCUUACAGGAACUUAAGGAAAGAUUCCGAGGUUGAAAUGAUCGAAGAUCCUCAUCUUCAUAGUCUGAUCGAUCUAAAUUCGUCUCCUAGCUCUCCGUCAACUUCUUUGUCAACGCCAUCGGCGAGAGUUGCCAACUGUAACUCUAACCUAUCGUCUCCGAUCCACAUUAGAUCUAAGGAUUGUAGCUUGGUAACUCUUGUUCUUAGCUGUACGAUCGCUGCCGGGGUUCAAUUUGGUUGGGCUCUGCAACUAUCCCUCCUGACUCCUUACAUUCAGACACUUGGAAUAGAGCAUGCUUUUUCUUCAUUUAUUUGGCUCUGCGGUCCAAUAACUGGUUUGGUGGUUCAACCUUGUGUUGGUGUUUGGAGUGAUAAAUGCACUUCAAAGUAUGGAAGGAGACGACCUUUUAUCCUUGCUGGAUCACUCAUGAUCUCCGUUGCUGUGAUAGUAAUCGGGUUUUCUGCCGACAUUGGAUACAUUUUAGGUGAUACCACAGAGCAUUGCAGUACAUUUAAAGGUACACGAACAAGGGCGGCUUUUGUCUUUGUUAUUGGAUUCUGGAUGUUGGAUCUUGCUAACAAUACAGUUCAGGGACCAGCUCGUGCCCUUCUGGCAGAUCUAUCAGGUCCUGAUCAGCACAAUUCUUCUAAUGCUAUAUUUUGUUUAUGGAUGGCUGUUGGAAACAUCUUGGGAUUUUCAGCUGGUGCUAGUGGGAGUUGGCAUAGAUGGUUUCCUUUCUUGAAAAGUAGAGCUUGCUGUGAAGCUUGUGCCAAUCUUAAAGCAGCAUUUCUUGUCGCUGUUGUAUUUCUCUUAUUUUGUACUGCUGUGACUAUAUAUUUUGCUAAUGAGGUUCCACUUCUACCGCCAGCAAAUGAGUCAACUCGUUUAUCAGAUUCUGCACCUUUGUUGGACGAUUCCAGGAAAAAUGGCUUUCAACACUCAAAAUCAAAACCUGAUGUGUCCGCUGUUGCCAAUUCUAACAGGAACACUGCAGAAAAUGCAUAUGAACGAGUGUCAAACUCCAGAUAUGCUAAUUCAAAAGAUACAGAUGUUCAAAAUGAAGUUUUCAGUGAUGGGCCUGGAUCUGUAUUGGUCAACUUAUUGACUAGUUUAAGGCAUUUACCGCCUGGAAUGCACUCAGUUCUUAUUGUUAUGGCUCUCAGUUGGCUUUCCUGGUUUCCAUUCUUUUUAUUUGAUACGGAUUGGAUGGGAAGAGAAGUAUACCAUGGUGAUCCAAAAGGGAAUGCUUCUGAAAUAAAGUUGUAUGAUCAAGGUGUUAGAGAAGGAGCAUUUGGUUUGCUAUUAAAUUCUGUUGUUCUGGGUGUUAGUUCAUUCUUUAUUAAACCAAUGUGUCAACGGAUGGGGUCGAGACUUGUUUGGGCAAUGGGCAACUAUACUGUGUUUGCUUGUAUGGCCCUUACAGCUAUCAUUAGUUUGAUAUCCGUCAAAGAAUAUUCUCAAGGGAUCGAACAUGUGUUUGGAGGGAGUGCAGCAAUCAGGACUGCUUCCCUGGUUGUAUUCACCCUUCUUGGCUUUCCUCUAGCUAUUACCUAUAGUGUUCCGUUUUCCAUUACAGCAGAGUUGACUGCAGAUUCUGGUGGUGGCCAAGGAUUGGCAAUUGGAGUUUUGAACCUAGCAAUUGUUGUUCCACAGAUGAUUGUAUCUCUUGGUGCGGGUCCUUGGGAUGCUCUAUUUGGCGGGGGAAAUAUACCAGCCUUUAUUUUGGCUUCCUUCUGUGCUCUGGCUGCGGGGGUUAUUGCAACUCUUAGGCUGCCUGAUCUGUCAAAUUCCUUCAAGUCAUCUGGUUUUCAUUUUGGCUAAGGACUAAAGUGGCCUCAAUUAGGUGACAACCACUCUGUAUAUUAUACUUGGCAACCAUAAAUAUACUGCCAAUUGUUUUCAGGGGAUGACUCUACCAUCAAUCGUACGUAUAAUUUUCAUAUUAAAUUAUAUUCAUGUUACAUAUCCAGAUUGAUUCAUUUCACCACUUCGUGGGUACAUGUACUUAUGCAGAGUGUAAAUGUCCAGUUACCAUACUGAAAAGAAGAUACAUGCACA